UGUACGAUUUGAUGCAACGUUGCAGAUGUGUGUGUGACGUCUCUCUCUUUGUGUCCAAUAAACUAUAAACUAAACUCUUCUGGUUAAAAUAAAGCUGAGGCACAUUAAUAUUUCAACACACAUAAUAAGUCGUUAGUUAUAGCAUGACGAGUGCUCCAUAUCAACCAGACAACAUCCUGGUAUUUCCCAAUAAGAGUGCACAUGAGAGGGAGGAAACAGACCACAGAGCUGCAGUAAGAGGAGGAGCAACACUGGAAAGAGGAGAGCUUCAACGUCACACUCCAGAAAUGAAAGUUAAGUUUGUCAGAGUGUCAGCCACGCUGCAGUAGAGACAAGACUCUGUUUCUCUCUGAAAGAAAACUCAAACUGACUUCAUCAGGUCUUUCUCAACAACACAGCAGAGUCUCUGCCAAACACUGAUAUGGCUGCUGCAAACUAUCUGGCAUCUGAAGAUCAGUCUCUGUGCUCCAUCUGUCUGGAUGUGUUCACUGAUCCUGUCAGCACACCAUGUGGACACAACUUCUGCAAAAACUGCAUCACUGAACACUGGAAUACUAGUAAUAGGUGCCUUUGUCCCGUGUGUAAGGAGGGUUUUACCACAAGACCUGAUUUGAAGGUCAACACUUUAUUUUCUGCGAUGGUUGUUCAGUUCAGACGGUCAGCUCAACAGAAAGCCAGCAGCAGCUCAGAGCAACAAGUGUCCAAACCAGGAGAAAUUCCCUGUGACGUCUGCACUGGAACCAAACUGAAAGCCCUGAAGUCCUGCCUGGUGUGUCUGGUCUCCUACUGUGAGACUCACCUGGUGCCUCAUGUGACAGCUUCAUGUCUGAAAAGACAUCAGCUGAUCGACCCUGUGAAGAACCUGGAAGGCAGGAUGUGUACAAAGCACAAAAAACCUCUGGAGCUAUUCUGUAAGACCGACCAGACAUGUGUCUGCAUGCUCUGCACUGUUUUAGACCACAAGAAGCAUGAUGUUGUUCCUCUGAAAGAGGAAUAUGAAGGAAAGAAGGCCGAGCUGGGGAAGAAAAGGGCUGAAAUUCAGCAGAUGAUCCAGAAGAGGCGACUGAAGAUUCAGGAGGUCAAACACUCAGUCGACCUCAGUGAGGAAGAUGCAGACAGAGAGAUAGCAGAAGGUGUUCAGGUCUUCACUUGUCUGAAGGAGUCUGUUGAGAGAGGCCUGAAUGAGCUCAUCAACACGAUCAAAGAGAAGCAGAAAACAACAGAAAAACAGGCCGAAGCUUUCAUCAAAGAGCUGGAACAGGAAAUCUCUGAGCUGAUGAAGAGAAGCACUGAGGUGGAGCAGCUCUCACACUCUGAAGACCACCUCAAUCUUCUCCAGAGUUUCCAGUCCCUAAACAUCCAACAACCUCCCCCCACCAAGGAAUGGACAGAGGUCGGCGUCCGUCCAUCAUCAUAUGAGGGGACUGUGGUGAAAGCUGUGGUUCAGCUGGAGGAGACGCUCAAAGAAAUGAAGAAGCAGCUGCCUGAGGGUGAGCUGAAGAGGGUCCAGCAGUAUGCAGUAGAUGUGACUCUUGAUCCUGAUACAGCACAUCCUAUUCUCAUCUUGUCUGAUGAUGGGAAACAAGUGAACCAUGGUGAUGUAUGGAAGAAUCUCCCAGACAACCCAGAGAGAUUUUCUAAGUGUGCUAAUGUUUUAGGAAAGCAGAGUUUCUCUUCAGGCAGAUUUUACUUUGAGGUUCAAGUUAAAGGUAAAACUGAAUGGGAUUUAGGAGUGGCCAGAGAGUCGAUCAACAGGAAGGGAAUCAUCACACUGAGCCCUGAGGAUGGUUACUGGAUAAUAUGGUUGAGAAAUGGAAAUGAGUAUGCAGCUCUUGAUUCCCCUCCAGUCCCUCUCUCUCUGAAGUCUCCUCCUCAGAAGGUGGGGGUGUUUGUGGAUUAUGAGGAGGGUCUGGUCUCCUUUUACAACGUAGAUUCUGCAUCUUUUCUCUGCUCCUUUACUGACUGCUCAUUCACUGAGAAACUCUUCCCAUACUUUGGUACCUGUGACAAUGACCAUGGUAAAAACUCUGCCCCUCUGAUCAUCUCUCCUGUCAGAGUAAACUAAUCACUGAUCUCAUUUGAGAUUUUCAUUUAUUUUAAAUCGAGGGAACAAAUAUACAUAUUCAUAUAUUUUAGGAAUAACGUUAAAAAAAAAAUUUAAUAAUGGAUACUUAAGUCUAAAUGUCGAGGAUGAUGUUGAAAAUUGUCAACAUUUUGACUUUAUUUUCUAAAAGCUAAAACCAAUCUGAAGAUCUUCCUCCUUUGAUGUUGAUCCCUUAUGUCUGGUACUAUGUGGAAAGUUGUCUUAACAUUUAAUAGCUAGACUGGAUAUUUAUUGCAGAUUGUAUUUAAAUGCUUCUGAUCCAGGAUCAACAUUCUAGAAUACUGCAAUAGAAUUCUUACUAGGAAGAACUCCAGUUUCAGAUAUCUACAAUCCAGUUGUUAGAAAACAGAAAGAAAUGCAAACAAAUGUUCCGUUAUUGUUGAUUUAUUUAAGAUUAUUAUCAUCUAUGAUUUAUGAUCUUCUAGGAAUAGGACACAUUAACACACACACACACACACACACACACACACACACACACACACACACACACACAAAAAACGUCGACCCACACACCAACACCCAGGUAUAACCUUCAGGUCCCUGACAUCGGCUACGGAGAAAGCUCUGCGUUGAGCCUCCAUCCAACCAGAAAUCAGACUUUACACACUGACACAACACAAGUGCUGAUGUAGGGUUAGUGCUACAAGCACUGUUGCUAGAUAAAGAUUGCGUUUUCACAGACAAAAACACACAAAAUUUCUUGAACAGACCAAUCUCGCAACAUUUCUGCAGCCUGUUGAUUCAAAAAGACGCAAAGUUGUUUGUUUAAUUCAUCACCAAAUGGAAAAUGGGUCAAAUUUGACCAGAGGACAACAUGAGGGUUAAAAUAUACUUGUA